AUGAUUGUGUAAUAAUUUGAUAAAAUCUCUUUGUUAGAGGAAUACCAAACCUUAAAAGAGUCAAUAAUUACAAAGUUAAAUGCAUAUUUCUCAAAACUAGAAAAAAUAAUAGAGGAAUUCAGUUAACCAAUUAAUGAAUCAAUUAAAGAGCAAAUCAAAUUGAUUUCUAAUUAUGAAAGUCCAAUCGAGAGAAUAUUCUAAUAAAAGCUUUUAGAUAAGGAAUAAGUGCAAGGCUAUCUAAAUUAUGUUGAGAAAUGCAGUAUCAAUAACAUAGACCAAUUAGAGGCCAGCUUGAAUUUUAUAAGGGUAGAUGGUGGAAUUGGCAAAAUCUAAAAAGAAAUGGAUAUAUUAUACAUAGAAUAAAUGUAGGAACCGUAGAAACAGUCAUCAGGUACUUUAGAAGAAAUUGAAUUCAAUCUUAAUUUACCACAUAAAUUAAUUGAGUAUGAGGAACACUUUAACCCUUAAUAUAUUUGUAUAACAAGUUGCAUAAUUAGUUUUCAAAAUGAAUUCAUCACUGGUGGAUGGGAUGGGAAGAUUGUGAGAUUUGACAUGAAUGAAAUCAAGCAGGAACUUAAAUUGUUUAACAACCCUGUUAAGAUUAUUAAAUAGUUAAGAAACAAUUGUUUUUUCAUCGUGAAUGAUUCAGAUGAAUAUAAGUUGUUGGAUGAGGGUUGGAAGAUUUUAAGAGAGGAUAAGCUGGGAGAGAUGAAUAUCAUAAAUAUUGAUGAAUAUGUUUAAGAGACUCAUCAUGUAAUAAAAAUAAGAGUGGAUAAUGGGGAUCAAUAUAUAGGAAAUGUUAAAGAUGCAUUUUUGAAUGGAUUUAGACAUCUAAAAAUGGAGGAUACAGUUCACAAAGGUAAUGUUAUUACGACAUAUUUUGAUGAUAUCAUUGUGGUUGAUUAAUUUGACAAUUUUGGGAAUGUUUUAAUUUAUAGUGUGGAUAGUAGUAAUCACAUUAUUAGUACAAAUCAAUUCAAAAUAUCGGAUGCCUUGAUAACAAAAGCGUUAAUUUUGAAUGAUGAUUAAUAUUAUUUUAGAGACAUUUAGAAUAGAUUGUAUCUAUAUGAUGCUUAAUUAGAGUCAGAAUAUGAUGAUGUGAUUAGUCAUUACAAUAAUUUAGUCAUGAUCAAAGAAGAUAAACUGAAGAUUAAUGAGAUGGAAUAUCCUAAUAAAUUAACCAAAAUAUUAGAUUUGGCUAUGGGGAGCAAAUGA